CCUGGGGGCCCGUAGACCGGGGGAGGGGGGUGGAACCGGGAGUGGAGCGUAGACCCUACAGACCCCCAUUGCUCUGGGGGGGGGGCUCCGUGCCCUGGAGAGUCCGGGGCCGUUAUGGCCUCUGCAGAGGCGGGGGAGUCCCGACAGGCCCAGCCUGGGGAAUGUCGCGACAUGAGUCCCGAUAAGCCCAGGGGAAAGAAAGGCGGCUGGACCUCCCACCCGCCAGGGGGCGCUCCAGGCACUAGGCAGCGGCGCGACGCGCGGCGAUGACGCAGUCCGGCUCCGCCCCGCGCCGCGUCUGUCGGCGAUGACGUCAGGGCGGCGAUGGCGGCGGCGGAGAAGACGCAGCGCUACGAGGCCUUCGUGAGCGACGUCCUGCAGCGCGACCUGCGGCGCGUGCAGGAGCAGCGCGACGCCGUGUUCGAGCAGCAGGCGCAGGUGCUGCAGCUCCGCUCCGCCCUCUCCCGCCUACAGGAAGCCACCGCCCCCCUGCGCACCCAGGUCGACCUCGGCUGCAACUUCUUCGUUACUGCAGAAGUCCCGGACCCGCAGCGUGUGUGGGCCCUGGGCUACGGGUUCUACGCAGAGCUGACGCUGCCCGAGGCCCUUCGGCACCUGAGCGCCGCAGCCGCCUCCUGCAGCUUAGGCCACGCCCCCCAGCAGGUGGCUCUUGACACUCCAUACCUGGCUGUUGGGUGGUUACAGAAGGUUCACAAACCUCUCCCCUACUUUGCCAAGACUCUACCCAUACUCCUGUCAAAGACCACGCCCUCUCAGCAUGCCCCGCCCCCUGUCCCAGCUGCCUGGGGAUGGGUGGGGCUCAGUGACUCCCUGACCCGGGAUGGGGCCAAGAUCCGGGCGCACAUCCGGCUGGUGCUGGAGGGCCUGCGGGAGCUCCAGGUCCAGGAUCCCCCUGCCACCUCUGAGCCCUGAUGGACACCUGGGCCCUCCUCUCACCUGUGUAUCGUGUAUGUAAACCUGGAGUAAAGAGCUUUUUGUAACCUUGGA